AUGGGGGAGGCAAUAACAUCACCCACUUAUGACACCCGAGUCAUGCUGAACUUCUUGCAGAAGUACAUUUUCAGUGAUGGAGGUAGCCACUUUUACAAUAAACAGCUGGACUCACUUCUGCAAAGGUAUGGAGUCUAUCACAAGGUGGAAACCCCCUAUCACCCACAGACAAGUGGACAAGCUGAGGUCUCAAAUAGGAAACUCAAGAGAAUCUUAGAGAAGACAGUGAGUACCUCAAGAAAGGACUGGACAAGGAGACUUGAUGAUGCUUUCUGGGCGUACAUGACAGCUUUCAAUACCCCUAUUAGAAUGUCCCGAUACCAGGUAGUCUACGUUAAAGCCUGUCAUUUGCCAGUGGAGUUGGAGCACAGAGUAUAUUGGGUAACAAAGUUCCUGAACUUUGACAUCAAAGCUGUAGGAGAGAAAAGGCUACUUCAACUGAGUGAGCUUGAUGAAUUCAGACACUCUUCUUAUGAGAAUGCCAAGCUCUACAAAGAAAAGGCCAAAAAGUGGCACGAUAGAAAGAUAGCUUCAAGAGUAUUUGAGCCUGGCCAGAAGGUUUUAUUAUUUAACUCUCAACUCAAACUCUUUCUUGGGAAGCUUAAGUUAAGAUGGUCAGGACCCUUCUUCGUCAUUGGAGUGUCACCCUAUGGUCAUGUUGAACUUCAAGAUAGAAACUCAGACAACAAGUUCAUAGUCAAUGGCUAA